AUGAGUCCUUCGGAUAUGGCGGAUGCACCGCAAGUCGUACCGCGGACCGACUACCCGGAGACGUCGUGGAAGUACGAAACUGCUGUUCCUGAGUAUCACGAUAAAUCGGCGCCGACUUAUGCGCAAACAACUGACGUGGAGGAUGAAGCGCCCAAGAAGGAUACCAGGAUAGUGGGGCUAAGGCGCCGGACUUUUUGGAUCAUUGUUGUGGUUGCGAUUGUGGUGAUUGGGGGUGGAGUUGUGGGCGCGAGUGUGGGAGGGACAUUGGCUGUGAAGAGAUCAGGGAACAAAUCUGAUCAAAGUGCCGAACCGCUGGAGGCAUUGCCGUCGUCUGCAUCAUCUCCAUCGUCAUCUCCAGUACAAUCAGUAAGCGCUUCACCGAUCAGUUCAUCGGCCACGCAAUCAGCAAUCGUUACAUCAGCCUCCAGCACCGUCCCGGCGGUCGCAUACGCGCCUCUAGACUUCACCCAAGUCAACACUAUCAACAUCGAAUGCCCGCCCAACGUCUACGUCUCAGGCCAGGAAUGGGGCAAAAAGUACCGCUAUAACUGUGAGAAGCGGAGGAGUGUAGGACUUGGCGGAAUCGACGUUUCAUCGUUCACGGCAUACACGUUUCAACAGUGCGUCGACGCGUGCAGCCAAUGGAACGAAAUGACCACGAAAACGACGCCAUGCAAAGCAGUGGUGAUAGCGUCGGACCUGAUGGGUCGACGUAGUGCAGGCAAUGGUGCGAACUGCUGGUUGAAGAGUUCGAGUGAUUCGGACGAUAAGGAGAUGCCAUUGAUGAACUCGUUCACGCUGAUACAAUGACGUUAAUGAGGAAGACGAAUGAGGGUACAGGUGGUAUACGAGUGUAGAAGGUAGCUAAAUAGAGUUGUCCUACC